AUGCCUAGUGAACCAAAUCAGAGGAAAGCACAUGAACAGGAAGUUGUGCCAUGGUUAGAUGGUUCUUCAGUGAAACUUUGUCCUAAUUGUGCUAAAGCUUUUAAUCUGACUAGAAGAAAGCAUCACUGUCGUCUUUGUGGGUCAAUAUUGUGCCAUGAUUGCUCGGUGUUUCUAGAUUUAAAUGUAGCAAAAUCCCUAGUAGAUCCAUCGAUACCUCGAACUUCUGAUCAGCCUGACCAAGAAGUUACUGAAAAGACUGGUUUGAGGCUCUGUGAACACUGCUUCAAUCUGAUAGAGCUGCGACGGCAAAUUCAAGAGAGCCGAAAUGCAAAAACUGUUCUGGUUACGGCAUAUGAACAAAUGAGGAGUUUGAUGGACCAAGCCAGGCCUGCUGUUGCUAUGUACGAGAAGAUGUGCCAGAGCCUGUUCGACGGCGAGAGCACAUACGGGCUGUCGGACGUGAACGCGGUGCGCGGCCGCAUCGGCAAGCUGGCCGAGGGCGUUGACCUGCUGAGCAAGCAGAUCGCCGCCCUCCCAGCGGAGCCGGCCACGAGGCAGGCCAAGCUGCACGCCGCCAUCAGGCAGGCGGCGGCGCACUUCAUCAAGGAGGAUCUGUUGUCGCUGCGCAAACUGCCAACCGAGGCGCAGAUAGAGGAGGUGCGCAGGCAGCGGUACGAGCGCGCGCAGAAGCAGAUCCAGAUAGAGAGGGAGAGGAUGGAGAGGGAGAGGGACAGGAGGGGGGAGGAGGGAGCGGCGGGCGGCAGCAGGGCGGAGAGCAGCGGAGAAGUGGACGACGACAACCCCAUAUUGGAGCAGAUGAACAUCAUCCGCGACUACAUAAAGGAGGCGCGGAGGGAGUUGAAAUUCGAAGAGGUCGCCAUUUUGGAGGCAAAUCUAAAGGAACUGAAAAAGGAGUAUCAAUUGCAAAUGCUCUCUAAUAAGUGC